AAAUGGCCCUUUCGGUGAAGUAAAUGUGAUGUGUGAUGUGAUGUGAUCACAAUAUGUGUGAUGUGAUGUGAUUAUUCUACAUUUUGCAACAUUUCAGACUUUUUAUCAGAAAAUGGACCCCACGGUUCCGUUCUUUGCAAAGCUGAAGAAGGUGGCGAUGAAUUUAGAGUCAGAAACGGGUAAACUCACGCACGACUUUGAACACCGAAACGACGACGAUCAUGACGACGACAGCGAAACUACAGCCAGAGCAAUGAGAACAUAUCACCAAAGGAACUGUGAAGUCGGAAACCUAAAGGGGCAGCUCCAGGGUCAGAUUGCUGAGCUGAAAGCACGGGAGGAUUAUGUGGACAGCUUUAUUAUGGCCGGCAGAGUGAUGCAGAAAAAAAUGACUAAGGACAUCCAGGCACUUAAGGGACACUGGGAGAAAUACGGUUACCAAGCUCCACGAGACACCCAGAGAGCGAGCAAGGCUAACGGACAGCAGUCAGAGGCUGCAGGUGAAGUAUCAGAGGACAAUGAAGCAGCAGGAGAAGAAGAAAGGGAAAGCCAGGAGGAGGCUGGAGGCAGUCCCUCCUCAUCGCCUCAGACGGCCAAACCGCCGGCCUUCACUGACGUUAUGCGAACACCACGGUUGUCUGACUUCGGCCUCUCUGAAAUGGAGCUGAGGAAAAUGUUGGCUGGUUGCUCUGAAGUGCCCCCCAUGCCUGAGAUGAGCCUGCCCCACCCCUCACUCUACGAGCCUGCACCGCCAUCACCAAUGCCCUUUACCCCCAAAUGUGCCCUGCGGAUGGAUGACGAAGAUCUGCGGACGCCUCAGCUGUCUGACUUUGGCCUUUCAGAGCACACCAUGUGUCUGAACGACUUCACUAUGGAUCUGUUGAAGAAGAAGAAGAACGUUGAAAAGCCCCAAAGGUAGAGGAUAAUGAGCAUCAUGUAAACAGUA